GUUUCCAGUGAGAAGCAGGAUGACAGGAAAAAAGAUGGUAAAGGUGGAAACGGGGAGGAGGAGAGCGCGGAUGCAGUCAAACCAUACAAAUUUGUCGUCAGGCGGAACAACAAGAACCAUAAAUCACUUCAUAAGGAAGUUUCUACUGGCAGAGUAAUGGUGAAAUGGGCUAAGCUCGGACAUGGGGUCUUUACUAUGAUCAGAGAACAAGAAGAACUGAGGGUGAAUGCAGAACAUAAUGAAAGAAGAAGAAAAGAAGAACAAAGGAAGAAGGAAUGGCAACCAGCUGUUGUGGAAGUAUCAGAUGAAGGAGAGACAGAUGAAGAGUUAGAAAAGGAAGAAAGUCUUAGUGUUUAUAUGAAUCAAGGUGCAGAGAGCAGAAAAGAGGUGUCUUUUGCAUUUGAUGCAGCUAGUACGGUCCCCGACAACCAAACAGAGCAGGGGGAUACAACUCGCCUCUCUACCACCGCCAUGAUGACCACUGCCAUGGCAACGACCCCAUCUAAAUCCAUCCUGAGUGGGGCGUCGUCACCCACCAAGAGGAGGCGGAAUAAGCGACUGGUGGAACCGCCACGCCCCUACACUCCCUGUCAUACGAACAUCAAUAUUGAUCCAGACGGGGAUGAAACAGACAAGAAAGCCAUAUUUCGUCAAAUGUGUUCAGUGAAUUGGAUCUUAGAAGCUAUGAUGAUAGAGCCUCCUGCUGCUAUGGAGCCCAUCAGUAAAUGCUGGAAAAUUAAAUAUAGGGAUAUGGAAAACCGAUCAUAUUGUAAAACCACUGUCCAGAGAUUAAGAAAAGAGAAGGCUUUAGACACGAGAUGGAAUGCUUUCAUAUCGGCCGAGGGUGCUGGUCAUCUGAAAUCACGUUCCCCGGCAAGAGGCUUGCUUUCCACUCAAAAUUCAGGUUUCUCACGGACGUUGCGUCGUCUCUCCGCAAAUAGUACGGCUAACCGAGCGGCAUCAGCGAUGGGUCAAAGUUCAGUUGACCAAAGCCCUCUCUCGCCAAAGGCUGAAGAUACGGCGAGUUCAUUCUUAGAGGCUGCAGAUAAAUUGGCUGAAAUUCCCGACAGUGUUUCAAUACAGGGAGGGGAUACACCAGGGAAAUUACACAGAUCUCCCUCUGUGUUGAGUGAAAGAACAGCGACCCCUUCGUCAAAGAGAAGUGGAUCAGUUGUCAAUAAGUUAUCUAAACAAGACCUAGAGGAGAAAGACAAGCAGGAAAGACCAAGGGAGAGACAAGUUAGCACAUGGGUGGCUUCUACUAAUAGGAAACUACAUAGAUCACAAAGUGCUCCAAUAAGAAACCAAGAGUUCAAGCCCAUCUUUCCAAGCCGAAAGCAUCUCUAUCUAGCCAAGGAACUCAGAACCCAGUUUGCUGACGUCACUGAAGAUCAGGCUCUCAUGCUUCAUGACAAGCUAGAAGCUAUGGAAAAGAAACGACUUGAAAGGAGUGAGAAUAAGUUCCAGUCGAUCCGAACCAAUGUCCACAUCAGCUCCCAACUGGCCCUGCUCAAAGAGGCUGGGCAGGAUAAAGAUGAACUGCUAGCGGAAGAAAAUAAACGAAAGAAAAAACUGGAAGAUGAAAGUAAAUGGUAUCAAGAGUUGGUGCGGAACCUUCCUGCAGACAUCAACAACGACAGACCUUGCAUGGCCAUCUUGGACAAACUACAGAGUCUUGGAAAGAUUGAGAGUAGGAAAGCCACGCCACAGAAGUUUCUCAAUGUCUUAGCUGGUCUGAGGCAUUGGGAGAUCUGCUCACCGGACAUUAGUGCUGCCAUAGAGUUUGUUCGAGAGAAGGUUGUCGGGAUGGCAGUGGAGGAAUUUGAGGCAUGGUACCAAGCAGAAAUGCCCAACAUUGCAAGAUCCAAGAGUGCACCACCGGCUACCACGUCAUGAUCCCAUCGUCGGCAGAGGGGUAAAGAUUUGCACCCCUUUAGCAGCAGA